GCUGCCGCUCCCGGGCACAGGGGACUGGCAGUGCAGGGACUGGGGCUGCUGCUGCUGUGCCCGCGCCGCGGGAGCGCGCCCUGCUGCACUUGGCCCCAGGCUGUCUGGGAUAUGCACAAAACGCGUCCUGAACUCCGCCACUUCUCCCCGUCUCCAGCAGUGCGUGUGUGUCUCGCUCUCCCGCACGCAGCAGAGCCACUCACGCUAGGGUCUCCUGCGCGGGGCUGAGCCGCCCUGUGUGCCCUGGCUGCUGAACGGCGGAACCCGACCCGCUGCCCCCGCCUCACCCCUCCUGCUUCUCAGGAUGCCCGAGUCAACAAGUUGCAUACCAUUGCAGUAGAGAUGUCUGAUUUUCCCAUCUGAAUAUCUGGAAUUGCUUUAUCACUUCAUUACUCUCAUUAGUAAGCACUGAAGACUUCUGGGUAUUGAAGACAGAUGAAUUAAAUCCUCUUUGAAUGUUCUUGAUCUAAAGUAGAUGUAUUGGAUUCUCUGGAUGUGCAUAAGGACACCAAGCAAAUGGACAGAACCUUAGGGAAGGACUGGAAGGACUGACUCCUGCCAGAGCCCCUGCUGAAAACUGAAGAAGUCCUGAAGAUUGAUGGAGGGCCAUGCUAUUCAAACAGCAGGCGUUGCUGAGACAGAAGCUCUUUGUGCUAGGCAGCCUUGCUAUUGGAAGUCUCCUAUAUCUAGUUGCCAGAGUUGGGAGCUUGGAUAGGCUGCAGCCCAUUUGUCCCAUUGAUGGUCGAUUUCGACCCCAUGGCCAAGACGAGAUCCCACUCCGAACUCUGCAGUUCAAGCGUGGGCUGCUACAUGAGUUCCGUAAGGGCAAUGCCACUAAAGAGCAAAUCCGACUUCACAAUUUGGUUCAGCAGCUCCCUAAGGCCAUUAUAAUUGGGGUGAGGAAAGGAGGCACCCGUGCACUGCUUGAGAUGCUGAACCUCCAUCCUGCAGUGGUCAAAGCUUCUCAAGAAAUUCACUUCUUUGAUAAUGACGAGAACUAUGCCAAGGGUAUUGAAUGGUACAGGAAAAAAAUGCCUUUUUCUUACCCUCAUCAAAUAACAAUUGAGAAAAGCCCUGCAUAUUUUAUCACAGAGGAGGUACCUGAAAGGAUUUAUAAAAUGAACUCAUCCAUCAAAUUACUGAUCAUUGUCAGGGAACCCACAACAAGAGCUAUUUCUGAUUACACUCAGGUGCUGGAGGGAAAGGAAAGAAAGAAUAAAACCUACUACAAAUUUGAGAAGCUGGCUAUUGAUCCUAAUACCUGCGAAGUGAACACUAAGUAUAAGGCAGUGAGAACCAGCAUCUACACAAAACAUCUGGAGAGAUGGUUAAAAUACUUUCCAAUCGAGCAGUUUCAUAUUGUAGAUGGAGAUCGGCUCAUUACAGAACCACUGCCAGAACUGCAGCUGGUGGAGAAGUUCCUAAAUCUUCCUCCAAGGAUAAGUCAGUACAAUUUAUACUUCAAUGCCACCAGAGGGUUUUACUGCUUGCGAUUUAACAUUGUCUUUAACAAGUGCCUGGCGGGUAGCAAGGGACGCAUUCAUCCAGAGGUGGAUUCCUCUGUUAUUACCAAAUUGCGCAAAUUCUUUCACCCUUUUAAUCAAAAAUUUUACCAGAUCACUGGGAGGACAUUUAACUGGCCCUAAACUAAAUUUCAUACAACACUAUGUGUUGCACCUGGAGACAAGCAGCAAUGUCUCUUCUAGAGUAAAAAUAUGCACUUUUCAGAGACACAACUAUCAAACUAACUUUUUUUCAUGCAUACGUGUACAUAUGCAGUGUGUGACCAAAUAUAAGGUGGGAUCAAUUUUUCUACAGAGUAGUAACUAACAUAACUUUACUCUCUACAUAGUUGCAUCAUUUUAAGCUAUACAAAUAAAGGACAAGGUAGUAUUUAGGGGAUUAAAUUCAGAUACUGUGCAAAAGGGUCAGUGUUCCUCUUGUUCAAUAAAAUUUCUUAUGUGACACAUCUAUAGACCCAGACAGAAUGUUAGUUUAGAACAUGCAAAUUCACCUUGCAAUUGUGUGUAGCUGGGAGGGUAUAUUGGAAAGUAUAGCAUUCAGGCUAUAUUAAGUAUGCACCUUGCUAAAGGAAUACUGACACUUUAAAUACAAUGAUGAAUUGUUACAGUGAAACUGGAUAAUACUAUUUUCUUAUUAUUUGAAAAGAAUAUCCUAUCUCGUACAAGCAACAUUGGUUCAAAGGUCCUGUAGUGAGUUUGCACUAUUGUUUUAUUGUAUGGACCAUGGUGUCACUUGUAGCAUGUCAAUCAUGUGUCAAAAAAAAAAUCAAAUAAUUUUUUCUUCUAUGCUUGUGUGUCGAUAAAAAGAAACAUCAUGUAUAUAGUGUAUAUUGUUUGUAAAUACUGGUUUCACACUAAGUAAUUCUAUUUUGUAAACUGAAUAUGGCUAUUUAAUUUAUUGUGAAAAUUAAAUUUAUU